AGAAUUUUAGUUUUGUUAUUGAUAAUAGCGACCGAACACCGCAAAGGGUGUCAGGCGCCAUUUAAAAGCUUCGCAAACCGUUUGCGAAAUCGCAAAAGUCGCGGCGCGGUAUCAAGGCAAGAAAAGCAAAAAAGCCAGAGGCCAGCGCAAAAUCGAAGAAAAAACUGUGAAUUUCAAUUCUACAAUUUACUGCAAUGUGCUAGUAAACCGGACUGAAGAAAUUGAAGAAUUCAGCGAAAAGGGUGGCCCCAAAUUCCGCCAAAAAGCAAACGAAAAGUGUGCGUGUGCGUGCGUGUGACGGACAAGAAUAAACCUAUUACAUAAUAAUAUCAAUUAUAUCCGAAAUCCUUAGUUAAAAACCAAAAUUCACUAAAAUAUUUUUUAAAAAUAAUUAAUCAAGAAAUAUUUCAAGUGUAUUUCAAGUGAGCCCUUAAAAAAAAAUCAAAAAUAUCCUUUUUUAACCCCCCCAAUAAUAAUAUCCUGUGGAACAUGCACAUGUGUGUGUGUGUGUGAACGUGAGUUUUUUGACAGUGUAGUUGUACGCCCUCUAUAGGCGAUAGAUGGCGCUGCUAUCGUCGCUUAUGCCUGUGAUCAGUGUUGUUGUUGUUAUUGUUGUUGGUGGUUAUAUUCUUCCGCAUAAUAGAGCGGGAUUAUAGUCCACCACCCACCAACCAACCACCCACCAUCCAACUAAUAAUUUAAUAAAAAUAAAUUUCAAUUCAAAAAUAAAGAAAAUCUCGCGUCAAAACAAGAGUUUCGCGUUACCCGGUCGGUCCGUCGGUCGGUCGUUUGGGUUUCAGAUUUCGCGUCGCGUCGUGGUACGAAACACGGAUUAGUAGAUCGUAGAGUCCAGUGGUGGCACCUACUACUACCUACUACCUACCUACCUGCCUAGCUACUACCUGGCACAACGCUAACCGCUAUUAUGCAUCAUCGUCGUCGUCGGUCGGCCAGUGCAGAGAUCGCAUUCGAAUUGGCGGGCGUGCUAGUCCUAGUCCCCCAACUGACAGAAAACUAGACAAAAAAAAUAAAAACUAUUUAAAAACUAAUUAAAACCCAUAAGGGUUAAUAAUAAUAAUAUUUCUUUCGUGGCAAAAAUAAUCCAAGAAUCGUCAGCAAUCCUGGAUUAUUUGCUGAAAACUUUGCGUACGCUGAAAUCCAAUUCGAUUAUGGCCGAGAAUCAAAGUGCGGUCAGCGAAGAUUCCGGUCAUCACCAGCAGCAGCAACACCAACAACAACAGCAACAAUCAGCCACAACAAGCACCGCAGCAUCAGCAGCAGCAUCAGCAUCAACAGCAACAGCAACAGCAGCAGCAGCAGCAACAUCAUCCACUUCGAUAGCUAAUCAGUCGCCCACUAACUCACAGGCCUCAUCGCCGGAAAACUCCCAGGAAGCCCUGCCCCUGCCCCUACUCCGCCGGCAGCAGCAAUCAGUUGUGGUUGGAUCAUCCUCCUCCACGACCAGCAAUAAUCAUCCACAACAGCGGAGCAGUCUCAGUAAUAUGUUCGAUCGUACAGUUAAUGCCAAGUUCAAGCCGGCAGCCGGUAAUGCCGGUCCGGGUAACAAUCAGGGGCGGAGGAACUCCAUGCUAACCCCGGCGAGGGGGGUGAGUGUGGGUGGGACGGCCGGCAAUAUCCGGAAGCUGACGAAGGUCAACUCGUUGACCAGCAACUAUCAUAUUCCCAUGACAGGAUUCUACUCGCCGGGCAACAAUGCCUACCAGCCCAACAACACCAACAACAGCAACAACAGUGCUGGGAGCAAUAAUCCGGCCCUGCAACGCACCACCAGCGAGAGUUUGAGAUUGAACUCGUUGAGCCGGGUGGCGGCAACAGCUCCAGCCACACCACCAUCAUCUCAAGUCUCCAGGACCAGCAGCAACUCGAGCCUGGCCACGUCCACCUCCACAUCGCUGGCACCCAAGUCCACCAGCACCGCCACGAACAGCAGCAGCAGCGGGAGUGCUGCUCCCCAGCAGCAGCAGCAGCAGCCACCAAAUCCAGGUAGUACUAGCAGUGGGAGUAGCACCAACAGCAAGGCCAGUUCCCCCAACAAUAAUGGGGCACGCUCAAUGGGUGGCGCCACAGUGGCAGCUGCUGUACCAGUUGCCGUCCCGGGUCCAACAGCACCCCACCAUCAAGCACAUCACCACCAUCAUCACCACCACCACCAUCAGCAUCACCAGCAGCAGCAGUCGCACCACCACCACCACCACCAGCAGUCGCAACAGACUAGCCACAGCCAGGGGCAUGCCUCCUCGCUGACAGUAGUCGCUCCUGGUGGCUCCUCCGCCGCCGCUGGUGGUGGUACUGGCACCAAUCGGAAACCAAAGACGACCUCCUCGUUCGAGAUCACCUCGGUAACGGUGGGUCAUCCCAAGCUGAACGCCGCCGGCGAUACUGGCGAUGAGUCGGCCGACGAUUUGGACGAAUCUCACACGGAUGACAAUAGUCGGAUCACGGAUCUGGAGAAUGAGACGCCUUCGAUGUCGGAGGACACGUUCUCCAAGGAGGAGGUCUACUACGCCAACAAUGCCCUCAGCACGAACGCCCCGGUGAUACCGACUAGCUCCCAGUAUGGUCUUGUGGUGGUGGAUCCCAUUGGUCCCUCUUUGGGCCAGACCAUCCAGAAUGUCCAGGUGAACGUGUCGGAUAAUAUCAUUAAUGUGGUGAGUGCCGCAGUGACGCCCGGCGGCACCAAGAAGAAGGACGACAUCAAGGAGACGCAACAUCGCAGCGAACGGUUCAAGGUCGUCAAGAUUGAGUCGACGGAGCCGUUCAAGAGGGGUCGGUGGAUGUGCAUGGACUACCUGGACCACUCGAGCGUCGGCAAUGGUGGUGGUGGUGGUGGCAACAACAACGAAAAGACUGGCUCUUCUUCCGACGCCCAUGCCGACGGUGGCGGGGGCGGUGGUGCUGGGGCGGAGGCAUUGCCCCAAAAGACCACCCAGAGCAUGAUCCUGCCACCCACCCAGAAGCUCAAUGAGAACCACCUGGAGGCCAAUUCGACGGAUGCCAAUUGGAACUAUGCUGCCGAUCAGCAGCAGCAGCAGCAACAGGUGCAGCAGGCGCAUCAGCAGCAGCAGCAGCAAUCGUCGCAGCAACAGCAACAGCAGCAGCUGAGUGCCACGCCCAGUGGAGUGAUGACCGCCCCGGCAACGGUGGUGCACGGGAUGCACCAGCUGCACAUCGAGGCCCAACAGCAGCAGCAGCAGCAGCAGCUGUUCGACAGCGUCAAUGCCAAUGCCGGCUCCCCCAAUCCCCCCGGGGAUCCCAACAACAUGGACUAUGCCCGGAACGCGGCCAUGCAACUGCAGCAGACGUUGCAGCAGCUGAAGCAGCGCGAGGAGGCCAUGGACGUGCCACCGGGUGGCGGCUAUACCAGCUAUCAGAAUGGUGGGGAUGUCCUGCCACCACCCACCACCAGCAGCAGCAACAACAACAACAGCGGGAACAGUGCUGCCACAAAUCCUGCCGGCGAAUCGCAGCUCAGCACCAGCUAUGUGGAGCAGCAGCCGCUGUCUCCUGCCCCGCAGACACCCCAGGCGACGCCCACAUUCGCAGCAGUGGCGGCCGGGCAGGCGCCCAACUUCCAACUGGAACAGCAGCAGCAGCCGCCGCAGGCCACCUCCCAGAUAGACGGAAUUGCAACACAGCCGUUCAACCCACAACAGCAGCAGCCGCAGCAGCAGCAACAGACUCCACAGCGAACGACGCCGCAUCAAGCCGCCCCACCAGGAGCAGCAGUGCAGCCUGGGGCAGCCACUCCGGCAACAGCUGCCGCCGCACCGCCACAGCAACAGACUUCAAACACUUCCAACACAGCAGUGCCCGCCCAGGGCCAGACCUUGCCGCUGCUGUCCCACAUGACCAGCUACGAGCCGCCGCAGCAGCAGCAGCAGCCGCCGGCAGCAGGAGGAUCGGGAGCCGGGGCAGCUGCCACAGGAGCCACUAUUCCCACGUUGCAGUUGCAGAGCGCCCCGGCCACCAUUGCCGAUCCGCAGCAACUGAUGCAGCAGCAGCCGCAGCCUUCCGAGGAGCAGCAGCCACAGAUUCCGCCAACAAACAUCGCGAGUGCCAGUGCCAAUAAUAGUAACAUAAACCUAACCAACCCGAGUGUGGCGGGUAGCGCCGAGGGAGCACCCAACGCGCUACCCUUGACCGACGAACUGUCGUCGGCGGCAGGCGCCUCCACGGCAGCUGCCACGGCCGGCGCUGCAAGUGCCACAUCGGCCACACCGGGAGGAACCACAUCGACAGCAGCCUCCACACAGCAGCAGAUCCAACAGCUACAGCAGCAACCAAAUGCAGAAUCCGAGACUGAAAGCAGUAGUGCUCUUCCCGGCAAUCGCAAGAGGGCCUUCAGCAAUCCCCACAUCGGUGGCCCCACCGAUCCCAGCUUCAUGCAUCGCCUGAAUCCCCAGCUCUAUUACUACAACCGAUCCCAGUCGGGCAGGAGUUCCUUCUGCGUGGACGAGUCCUUGUGGCCCACCAAUGCCAGGGCCAGUGAUACUAACCUUUAUAUGGGCUCCAGUACGGAGGAGGACUACGAGGAGGCCAUCGAUCAGUUCUCACCCACAAUGUACACUCGAACGGCGGCGGCCAGUAGAGCGAUUCCUAUACCGAGUAGUGCUGGGAGUAGUCCUCAGCACCUUCCACAUCCCCACCCGCAACACCCGCAUCAGCAUCACCAUCACUCCCAGCCAAGGAUAACGGCAGGAUUCAAUAUCGGUUCGGCAUCCACGGCGGCUGCUUUUAGUGCCAGUCCAUCGAUAUACGCUUAUCCGCAUUCUCCGUUCUAUGCCAGUUCCCCGGACACAUCACUAUCAUCACCAGUCCUGCCCUCGGGAGUCGGACAUCCACCAUCCGCUCCUGGCUCCCGGAUGUCCUUCAGCUAUGAUCCUGCCUUCCAGCGGCUGCAAGUGCCAUUCGCCGGCGAUCGAAGGCCACGAUCGCCGCUGGAGUGUGCCACCGUUCUUGCCGCCGUGGCUGCGGCAGCCACAUCCGGUGGUGCAACAGAGCCCGGCACCACCAUUACUCUCAAAAGUGCAUCUGGAACAAGUGCAGUUGCGAUUGACAACAAAAUCGAGCAGGCAAUGGACCUUGUCAAGUCGCAUCUUAUGAUCGCCGUUCGCGAAGAGGUGGAGGUCCUUAAGGAGCGCAUCUCCGAACUAAUGGACAAGAUCAACAAGCUGGAGCUGGAGAACAAUAUCCUCAAGUCGAACAUACCCCAGGAGACGCUGCAACAGCUGCAGAUGCAGCUACAGAUCGCCGGUAGCCAGCAGCCGGCAGCAGUGGCGGCACCCCCCGCCACCCCGGCCAUACAGGCGCCGCCACCGAGCGCCGCCGCCGCCUCCGCCACACCUGCCGCGGGUCAGGCGGGAGCCGGAACAGGACCGGCCACCAGUCCAGCCACUGGUGUGGCGCCCACCACCAUUCCCAACGGCAGUGCCGAGAAUGUCGAUGAUGUUGCGUCAGUGGCGGUGGAGCUGCAGCAGCAGCAGGUGACACCGGCGGCUAUUGUAGCAGCAGCAGCAGCAGCGGCAGCAGCAGCGGCGGCAGCAGCGUCAGCGGUAACAGCUCCCACAUCCAACGGCCCCAUGUCCUAAGCAGCCGAGAGAGAGAGCAGCUAGAAGAACAGUGUUUGUUUUUUUUGUGCCCACUCGGGAGAUGUCGGGUGGGGAGGAGAAAAUGAACGUUUUAAGAAUGAAAACAACCGUAAUGUUUAACUCUCUUUGGUCUCUCUCUUUCUAAGCCAAAAUAGUGAGUGAGGGAGAUAUGGAGCAGAGUUAGAGAGCAGUGCAGCAAAAGUAUUAUAGGCCACUCAGACAACAAAAACAACAACCAGUGUCCAGAAACUGCAGGAUCGGGUAUCCUUAGGGUGAACCUUAUCUGCGAUUCUGUUAGGCCUGUUGUGUGUUUUGUUGCUGUGGCUGUGAAAGCUGCUGCAGCCGCCGUUUUGUUAAUUUCUCGAUUGUGAUAUUUGUUUAGCACAUACACAUACACACCUAUACACACACCUACACACACACGCAUACAUUACACACACACACAUAGACUGCACGCUAACAGCGACUGCGGCUGGCGCUGUUGAAAGCGAAUUAGUAGGAGGAGAAGGAGGAGGAGGAGAAGUCCUUUUUUACGAAAGCGCUACUGCGCUUUUUCAAACUUUUGUUUAAACAUUUUUUUAGUUUUUUUUUUUAGUUUUGUUUAUCCGUUUGUUUACUUGCUGUUUAACGCUAUGAAAUAAAAACAAAAAAAAACAAAUUGAAAGCAACACAACACCCACACUAAGUAUGUAAUUGGCUUCAAAAAUGAUACUUGACAGGAAGUAGAAUUUUUGGCCAAAAAAAAAAGGAUAAAAAAAACAGGCAGCAGAAAAGGAAAAGAAAUCAAUAAGGCAGGAGGAGAAGGAGGA